AUGGAUUCCCAAUCUCGUCUUCUCAUCAUUUCGCCCCAUCGAAACUGAAAUAAAAAAAAUCUACGCAAUUCUGGAAGAUAACUCUGUCUGAUCGACGAAUUACUGGAACCGGCUGCCAGCUAAUUGGAUCUCUGUAACCAAACAAACAAACACUAUCAUCACAAUGUCAUCGACUUUCAGCGGCGACGAAACUGCUCCCUUCUUUGGCUUCCUUGGAGCCGCCGCCGCUCUCGUAUUCUCUUGCAUGGGUGCGGCAUAUGGAACAGCUAAGAGUGGGGUUGGAGUUGCUUCAAUGGGAGUGAUGAGGCCUGAGCUUGUUAUGAAAUCGAUUGUUCCAGUGGUUAUGGCUGGAGUGUUGGGGAUUUACGGGUUGAUUAUAGCUGUUAUUAUUAGUACGGGAAUUAACCCCAAAGCAAAAUCUUAUUAUCUGUUUGAUGGCUAUGCACAUUUGUCGUCAGGCCUUGCUUGCGGGCUUGCUGGCCUAUCUGCCGGGAUGGCCAUUGGCAUUGUUGGUGAUGCUGGAGUUAGGGCUAAUGCACAGCAGCCUAAGUUGUUUGUGGGAAUGAUUCUCAUCCUCAUUUUUGCUGAAGCUCUUGCUCUCUAUGGACUCAUCGUGGGGAUCAUCCUGUCAUCCCGGGCAGGUCAAUCUCGGGCAGAUUAGCAGUUCAAGUCAGUGAUUUCGUGAUGUGCAUCUAGUUUGAUUCAAAAUUGGAGCUGUACCAGUCAAAGUCGAAGUUGAUUGAGUUCGAGUUAUCCUUCUAUUUAUUUCUGAAUUAUAUAUGGUUUAGUUGAUAAACUCUUGUAUAUGUUGGAUCUGGUUCGCUAAUAUGGAAUUGUACUCUUUUGUGACAUGCUUUUUCCUCUGGUUAUUUGAGGAAUAUAUGUUGAGCCUGGAAUAACCAAAUUCUGUUUGACUUGA